UGAGCCUUACUUUUGAGAAAACAAUUCGAGGCAGAAGAUCUAAACCACGACGUCUGCGUACUGCCUUGCAGUGGCUUUUUUGACAUUUUUGUUUUUGUCACGCCACAUCCUACCACACACACAUUCACACGCACACAUGCAUUGAUCUAUCAGUGCCUUGUUUGUUCACACCGCUGCUGCGAGUUCACCCCGGCCAGCCUGCUGCGACUGACGCAGAGGCUCACGGCUUGGCUCCUCCUCCUCCUCCUCCUCCUCUUGCACAGUGCGGUCUCCAUGGCAACGCGCAGAUGAGAGCAGCUUAGCAACAGCACGGCGAGCAUCCAGACUGCUCGGUCCUACAGAGCAGGAGACAUCCUCGACAAGAAUCCUCUCCGAGUGUCACGUUUACAUUUUUCAUCUACGUGAUAUUAAGAGGAUUAUUUAUUCUUUUUAAAAUUUUCAUUAAGAUGAAGUUUAUGGUGGUUCUGGUGGGCGCUGGCACGCUGGCCUUCCUCGGCGCCGUCAUCUGCAUCUUCGCCAGCGUUUAUCCCCGUAAACGCGCCGCGGCUCUGUCCGACAACGGCACCCUGACGUCAGAGACGCUCCUCCAGCCUCUGGAGCGGCCCGGUGCGGUGGCUCACGCCGGGCCGCUCGGCGCUCUACAUGGCACCGACUCCUAUGGCGGAGGAAACGGACUCGGCUUGGGGCUCCCCACGUUGAACGAGCUCGACCUCGGGGAGGAGACCGUACAAGGCUCGGCCAAGGUGUUCAGCUACAGCCGACUCAUCUGCACGCCGGUUCCACUCGGGGACUGUAAGGGGAAAGAAGCCGGGCAACAGCCGCUGUCGGACGACCCUCUCGCCGACGAGGAGUGGACGUUCCUCCGCACCACUGCGGAGGAGCUCCGGCAGAUGGUUAUGCAGCAGAACGACCAGAUCCUCAUGGACCAGAGGACCAUCCGGGAGCUGACGGGCAAACUGAGUGAGUGUGAGAGCGGCCUGGAGGAGGAGGACGGCGGGAGACCCGGACCCGAGCGAAGCAUCGGAGUCUGGAGUGGCAACCGGCGGGUCAUGGCCGGGGACGACGUCACCUCCUCGGCCGCCUCUCAGCUGCAGACGGCCCGAGCCGUGGAGGAGCUAGCCCGGGCUAUCAUGGAUUUGAAGGACCGAAUAGAGAAGUUGGAGGCAGAGAUCGGCCCAGCUGCCCUGAACCUCACCGACACGUCUACAGGAACAAGCAGUAGCAGCGGCCCCCCGGUGGCCACCAAGCCUCCGACUCCAGCCACCGGCAACGCCAACCCUGCGCCCCCGGGCCCGGCAGCGGUAGGCCACGGGGCCCGUCGACCGGGCUCCUCCGCCUCCAAACCCUCAGCCAAAGGGGUCCCCGGUCGCGGGAAGGCUCUCUGGAGGGUGGAGGACCUGGAGGGCGAGCUAGAGAGGAAAAUAAAAAUGCUGGAGAAGGAGCGGCAGGCCAUUCGGAAGGAGACACAGGGCCAGUAUGAGAAGAUCAACCAGGGCUUGGACACCGCCAACCACCGUGUCAGUGAACUGGAGCACACCCUAACCGAGCCGUCCUUCCCCGACGGCUUCGUGCUGUCCUUCCCCAUGCGCACUAACUACAUGUAUGGCCUGGUGCGGAAGGAGAUAACUGAGAUGUACGCCUUCACUGCCUGUGUGUGGCUGAAGGCUAAGGAAGGCGGGAUCGGCACGCCUUUCUCCUACUCGGUGCCCGGACAGCCCAACGAGCUGGUGUUGCUGCAGGGUGUCCAUAACCCUGUGGAGCUGCUCAUCAAUGAUAAGGUGGCACAGUUGCCGCUGUCGCUCCCUCAGGAUGAAUGGCAGCACAUCUGCGUCAGCUGGACCCUGAGGGACGGUGUGUGGAAGGCCUACCAGGGUGGCAAGAUGAAAGGUCGGGGGGAAGGACUGGCCGCUUGGCACCCCAUCAAACCUGGUGGGGUGCUCAUCCUGGGCCAGGAGCAGGACACCCUUGGCGGACGCUUCGACGCCUCCCAAGCGCUGGUUGGUGAACUCUCCCAGUUCAACUUGUGGGACCGGGUGUUGAAGCCCGCUGAAGUCGCCGCCCUGGCGGAAUGCAACUCCUCGGUACUCGGCAACAUCGCCCCCUGGACCGAUCUGGACGUGGACGUCUAUGGCGGAGCCACUAAGGAGUCCUUAGACCCGUGCCACGCUGCUGAAAGAUCCAACCCCUCCAGCCCCAAACAGUGAGGGGACAAGGGGGCUGUGAGAGCUCACAUAAGGUCAAUGUAGUCGAGGGGUAAAAUAAAUUACUUCGGAAUGUAAAGCAUUUGUUUGGAGCCAGAGAGCUGACGGGACGGCGCUCAUUGGACGUUUGGAGCUCGUCUGUUUUUCAUGUCUGGUGUGUUUAGUUCAAAAGUGAGGUUAAGUUACUGCCUUAGUCAGGCAAUCAAAACACAAGCUUGUAGAUGAGAUGGACUAUCAGUGCUAAUUUGAGGUCAAUCAUUUCUGUGAACAGAAAAACAGUAUCAGACUCUUCGGGUCUUACGGUUUUAAUGCAGGUAUAGUCACUGAUGAUGAAAACCUUCGUUGUCACCUCAUGUCAUUGCUUGUGUUUAGAUGCUGAAACUGAGACGCGUGUUAACGUUCUCGACGGGAAAACGUAACGUCAUGUUCAAGUGUACAUGGUCCGGCAUAUUUGUAGAUUUUAUACAGUAAAGUUCCUCCCACCAUUCGCUUACAACAGUGAUCUUAUACUGUAAAUGUGUAAUUUAUUGUGUGAUAAUGUAGCCUUGCUAAUGUUGCUCACCCCCCCACAGCCCCAACGCAUUGUAGCCUAACACAAUUUGCAGACAGUCGCAAGCACAUAAACCAGCACGGUAAACUCAAGAAAAAUAAAUUUUAAUUUGACUAAAUUUGAUGUUUUUUUUUUUUUUUGCAUGAAAUUUUGACCGAACACUGCAUCAACGGCAGUUCGGCCUCUCAAACGUCUUUUUUGGGUGAAUUGGCAUUCACAAAAUAUAAAUUUAAAAAGAAAUAAGACAUCAAGAAAUUUAAUUACAAAAAAUAAAAUAGUACUUCAUGGCCAAGUCCAGUGUGACCUUCAGACACACAUUUAAACUAUUUCUCACAAAUAAUAAUGCCGUUAAAUUGCUAUGAUUCCGUUGCAUGGUGCGUUUCUCUGUUUCAUUACUAUUCAGUAAUAAAGUGACAAAAAAAAAGCUCAUGUAUAGCUUCCCUUCUUUUGGAGGGAUUGUAGCUGGUAUAAUUCAUUUAAAAUGUUCUUGUAUUAGCAUCAAAAGGCCAUUAUUGGUUGCAAGGCGGCUGCUAUUUUGUUGCUACAAUGGACACUUUUGACUGUUGUCAAUGGCAAUGGUCAAAAGGGCGACGCAAGGAAUUCAGCGUUUUAUGAGAGGGGCUUUAAUUCUUACUAUACAAAAACAUCUAACACUGUGCAGUCAAGUGUACUUUGCUUCAAACCCUUUGUUACCGCAGUGCACGAGUACGAAGGAGUAUUACAGCCACACUGAAAAGAAAAAAAAAAAAAGAAACAUGAAAAAAAAAUGUACCCACUAAAAUCACAAGUCUUAAUUUGACAAGAGGUAAAAUAUCAUGAGAAUAAAGUUGUAGAUCUAUAUGAAUAGCUAAGAACCUUUUUUUCGACUACAUCAAAUCUUAUGAGUUUUAAAAAAAAUUGUACAUAUGAGAAUAAAGACUUGACGUUACAAAAAUACAGUCGUGAUAUUACCAGAACAAAUUCACUAAAUUAUAUCAUAUCACCAAAAUAAAAUGACAGUAACAUGAGAACAGUCGUAAUAUUACAAGAAAUAAACAAAUCAUUUUACCAAAUAAAGUUUUGAUACUGCCAGUAAAGAUUUCAAGUACCAUGAGAAUUAAAUUGUAUUUUUAUGUGACGAAUAUCUCAAAAUGAGAGUACAGUUGUAAUCUUACAAUAGGUACAUUUAUAAGGAUAAAUUCCAAUAGCACAUAAAAAGUUGACAGUUGUAAAUUGAAUAAAUUUGUUCAAGCAAAAGAAAAAAAAUGGAAUUGAGAAGAAUAACGUGGCAUUGGGCUUCAUGUCAUCAUGUUACGACACACACUCGGGUCGAAUUCAAAUCUGAUUCGCAAAAUUGGUUCUUGCAAUAUUCCAAAUGUGUGACUUUCUUUUUCUGUAAUCUGAUAUUUGCUUUGUCUCUUCAGUGUGGCCCUCACCCUCCUCCGUAACAUGAUAGGCCCCACUCCCACCAUCCAAUAUUUCUUUUGUAAGUGCCUAUUUGGGCCUCAAAAGGCCCACAGUGGUAGUCGAUCACUUUCCUCUUUUGUCUUCUCUCUUGCUUUACAUUGUCCAAGGCCGUAUCCCGUCUUUGUCCUCCUCUGCACCUUUACGCACUUGAUAUUGUGAACUCGGUGGAUGCGACUUAAUAAACUGCAUUUUGAUGGCA